AUGUUAUCAAAAGAUCAAUGUGUAUAUAAGUUGCUUGGUUUUUUAUGGUAUAUUUCACCAUCAAUAAUUGAUUCAGAAUUGGAAGAGAAAGAUUCAUCUAUUUCGAAAAUAACAUGUUUGCAUAAAGAUUAUAUUAAUAUAAGAGUUAGAGGUCUAGAAAGUGUCCUUAAUGAUGAAGAGCUUAAUUGUGCUGAAUAUCUUACUUCGCGAAAGGUAAAAUAUUAUAAGAGUAUUAGUUAUACUAUAGUUAAUAAGAAUGAUCAACUUGAUAUAACUCUUUGUAUUGGCAAUAUUGUGGAUGUUUUAGAAGAUGUAUCAGAAGACAAGGAUGAUGAAAUAAGAACAAUAGUUUCAUAUAUACAGAUUCAGGCGAUUUUUAUUCAUACAAAAAGACAAUUUGAUAUUCUAUUUCUACUAUUAGAUUGGUUUAUUCUAUUAGAAGUUGAUGAUCCAAAAUUAGGUUGCUUACGUUACAGACUUCAACAAUUAGCAGAUCAAACAUAG